AUGAAGAUCUCCUUCGCCAUCGUUAUCGCUGCCCUCGUUGGCUCCGUUGCUGCCGCCCCCGCUCUCGACGCCCGCGCCGAGAAGGUCAAUGCUAUCAAGCAGAUGCGCUCGUACGUCGACCUCGAGGCUCGCGGUCCCCCGGGUGGCCACCCUGAGCACCAGAAGAACGGUGGACCCCCGGGCGAGCACGGAGAGCACAACAGCGAAGGCAACGGCCGCGGAUGGGGCAAGGGCGGAAGGCCCGGAAACCCUGGGCACCACGGCGGCGAGUACAAGAACGACCCGAACAACUGCGGAGAGGAGGGCAACGUCUGCCCCCCGUCGUACAACGGCGUUGGACAGCCCAUCUGCGUCAAGGGACAGUGCGCUCUCCAGUGCCCGCCCGGCACCCGCCAGUUCUCGACCAACAGCCAGUACGCCUCCGCCUUCUGCGCUUGA